GUUUUGAAAGCUAUUGAUGAUAAUACUAAUGGUAAAGUUUAUGUAAAUAACAUGGUAAUUUACAUUAGGUCAUUAUGUAUAUGUGUGUAUGUAUGUGCAUGUAUCCAUGUCUGUUUAUUUUGAAUCUUAUGAUAGUUAUUAAGCAGUGGUGUGUGCAUGAUAUCAAGAUUGCAGCUUGGCUGCUAAAUCCUGAAAAAGUCCCAGAAACCCUUGCUGAUGUUAAACAAAUUUUUCCAUUAGACCAAGUGACUGAUCCAGGUGAUGCUUGCAAAGUUUCUUCCAAAAUAAGUAGUCUUGAAAAUCUUGAAAAUUUUUAUUCUGUGAUUAAGGAUCAGUUAAAGGAACAAAACCUCUUCUCUCUCUUUAUUAAUGUGGAAGUUAAGCUUAUUCCAGUUUUGUCAGUGAUGGAACUGAGGGGAAUUAAAGUGAACAAGAACACAUUUCUUGAAGAAAAGAAAAUAUUGCAGGAAAGAAUCCAGCAGGUAGAAAAAGAAGCGUACAAGGUUGCAGGAAGGAAGUUUUCUAUUAACAGCCACCCUCAGUUAAGACAAGUUUUGUUUGAUGAGUUAAAACUAGACAGUAAAUUACAGAAGAUUACUUUGACAACUGUGAACAAUCUUAAAUCAACAUGUGAAGCAGUGCUGGAAGCAUUAAAGGAUUACCACCCACUGCCUCAGUUAAUUCUGGAAUAUCGACAUCUUGUUAAAGUGAAGUCAACUUAUGUUGAUGGAUUAAUCACUCACAUUCAAAACGGCCUUCUUUGUACAACAUGGGACCAAACAGCUGCAGUUACAGGUCGACUUUCAUCUGCUAACCCUAACCUUCAAGCAAUUCCAAAGCUCCCAGUUUGCUUAACUAAAUCAGAAAAUCAAAGUGGAACAGCUAAAAGGCCAGAGCAGAAAGUUCUUAGAAUCAGAGAUCCAUUCAUAAGUCAAGAAGGAUGGUCACUUCUUGCUGCAGACUUUCAACAAAUUGAACUUCGUAUAUUAGCACAUUUUUGUCAUGAUGAAAAACUUAUUAAUGCUUUCAGAGGUCCUAAUCAUUCAGACAUUUUUAUACAGCUAACUUCUCUUUGGUUGAAGAAACCGUUAGAGUAUAUCACUUCUGUAGAGAGAGAGAAAACCAAGAGAGUAGUGUAUUCUGUGAUGUAUGGAGUGGGAAAAGUAAGAUUAGCAAGUUACCUUUCAAUACCAGAGAAUGAAGCAGGAACUGUAAUUGAGAACUUUUUAAAUAGAUUUCCUGGUAUAAAACAAUUUACUAAAAAGUGCAUUACAGAAUGCAAGAAGACAGGGUAUGUUUGUAGUCUUCUGAAAAGGAGAAGGGUGCUUCCACACUUAAAUUCUAUGAAUCAUGUGUUGCAAAUGCAGGCAGAAAGACAGGCCAUUAACUUUCUUAUUCAAGGAUCAGCAGCAGACAUCUGUAAGUCAGCUAUGGUUGAAGUUGAGAAUGAAAUAGCAGCACACACGAAUUUACAUGCCAGGUUGUUGGUACAACUACAUGAUGAACUAUUGUGGGAAGUGCCUGAUAUUGAACUGGAAGCUACAAAAUGCUUAGUGAAGAAAGUGAUGGAAGAUACAGGUAGACUUCUGAACCAGCAGGUAAUACUAGAAGUUCCUAUUACAGUCUCAUUGAGUGUUGGGAAGACAUGGGGUGGAAUGACUUCUCUUCCUCCAUGAAUUGAUAUUUGUUGUGUAACAAGAAAGAUACUUAUUGCUUGUUUUAUUUUGAAAAGUAAUUCAAUACAGUGAAAUAUAUUAAAAAAUACAGUUAAACAUUUUGAAAUUUGUUAAGCAUUGACAAUAAGAUUUUCUAACAUUAAUUUUUUUAGAUUCUCUGAUAAUUA